AUGAACGUUAAUAAUCCAAAUAGUAACGAGGUUCAGGAUUUGGGUAAUGGAUGCAAACUACGUCAUGGAAGAUUAGAAUGUGGUUAUGAUCAGGCGCCAUACGUUAAUUUAAGAAGACCUCCUGCUGUAGAUUAUCAUAGUGGUAACAAUGAUAAUAAUGAUAACAAUCAAAACCAUGUUACUCAUUAUAACAAUGAUUUGCACGAAAAACAUUUAAUCAAUGAUAAAAAUCAAAACGAAAGCGUAGAGGGCUUAGACGAAAAUGCAGAGGAUGAUGUAAAGCUAAAAUUACAUGCUACUACCUCUUCAAAUCAUUUUACCCGAUGUCUUGAAGUAAAAGAUCGUAUUAUUGUGAUUCUAUUGAUGAUAAAUACCGUGGAGUGGAUUGGUGAAGUGCAGUGUAAGCCGCAUAGUCGUGUUAGAAAAAUCAGUCAUAUAGAAAGGAAAAAAUUACCGUUGAAACAUGUUUCUCUCUCUUUAGAAAAACUAACGCCUUUCGGAAAAUUUGAAUUCAAACAUGUCAUUAAUAAACGACAAGCAGAGGUACCUGAGGUAAUAGAAAAAGAAGUACCAGGAGGCACGAUCGAUGCAAUAACAGAAGCGAAAGAAGUACCUGUUGAGACCCAUUCGGAACCUGAAGUGAUAAUUACAUCAAUAAUAAAGCCCAUAGAGAAUGGUAAUUCGUUGUCACUAUCAUUACCUUUCUAUUCCGAACUUGUAAUUACACCAGCUCAUAAAAUCAAUGAAAUAAUAGAGAAACCAGUAGAAGAAGUAGUUUUAGCUGAACCAGAACCAAAACCUGAAGUAAUCAAAUCAUCACUUGUAGAAAUAGUUAGUCCAAAAGUAGAAAUAAUUCCUAAAGUUGUAGAAGCUCCACCUCCACCAGAAAUAGUUGAACCUAAAGUUGUUAUCAACGCUAUUGAAACUCCUAUAGUUCCUUCUCCUCCUCCUCCGGUCCUUCCUCCUGUAGUCACAAUUCCAAUAUACAGAACCCCUAGCUUUUCUUAUGUGAGGUCGGUUAUCUCUAAUGAAGGGAAAACAUUUUUGUAUACGGACAUAAAAAAGAUUCCAUUAAGUCUUGCAUCACAUCCAGAACCAGUUGCUGUUCCUGUUCCGGAAAUACUUCCAGUACAACCACCGCCGCCGCCGCCUUUGCCACUGCCGCCGCCGCCUUUGCCACCACUUCCACCUGUAAUAAAGGAAGAUCCGCCACCAAAAAAGGAAAAUCCAAAUUUCUUUGUUAAAGGAUCUCGUCUAGUGUUAUAUGUUGGCUCAAUGAUGCUGCAAAUGUUAUCUAAAUUUGUUAAUGGAGGUUUCAAUAUAAAUGAAAUUCCCAUACCUAUCAUACCAGAAGUGCAAUAG